AUGAGAAUUGACAACACAUCGGUCUUUUUUCCCGGUGGGAACAACCCCCAAUUUGGUUUCCGCCGCACAGAGCUGCUUGCGCAGGCAGAGGAAGGAGGGCCCACUGCGUUGUUACCGGAUAUCGAGGAGGGCGUAACGGCGUUUCAUUUCUCGAUUCAGCUGGACGAGCGCUUUCCUUUGAAUUAUGAUCAUGAGUACCAGAUCGUUUUCAUUGAGACUAGUGACGGAUCCCAUGUUUUCGGAGUACAAUUAGGAUCCCCUUUCACAAAUCCUCCCGGGCCACUUCCAGCGCCAAAUGCGCAUUCGUUCAAAGUCCUGGACCACUCCCUGAACGUCCUCUUCUCGGCUCCCUCUUCUACGAGAUCGUGGCACAAUUUCGCGGUACUGGUCGACUGGGAUAAUCUUACGCUGAAAGUAUAUUAUUCGAAAGACGGCGCGCCGUUAAAGCCUGUCACUGGUACCAUACCUAAUCUGAGCGUCUCCCCUGGAGGUCCUGGCAAGGGUGAAUUCCAUUUUGGCAUUUUGAAGCUUCCGUUGGUUGAUCCGAACGACUCGCCUUCAGACCAAGGGGAUGUCGUUCACCAUGGUAUACAGGAGGGAUCCACUGAGGGCUUGUUCUAUUCGGGUGUUUUUGUCGAGAAGGUGACAAAAGGCGUUAGCACUGGUUAUGGGAAGACUAUUCGACCUUAG